UGUGUGCUUCUUAUAAAUGCUAUUUGAAAAAAGUAAAACAUUUGAUUUUGUCUGUCUAUAAAAUCACAGCUGUAAUCAAAGUCGGUAAUACUUAUCCCAGGUCAAGCUGAAGAGUUACACUAACAUGGUUACUAACUUAAUAUUUUUCGGUGUAAUUAAUUAAAGUAUAUUUGAUUUACAAAGCAGUUAACCUAAAACAAGUUGCAAGUUAUUCUGAAUUACAUUAAUUACCAUUCAAUAUAUAUGUAGGCCUAUAUAAUAUGUAAACAUCCAUGUUUCAGUUCACAACCAUUUUUUUGUUUCCUGGUUCACUUUUAAGUUUUAUACGUGUGUAAACUGUGAAAUGGCGCUUUUUAACACGCCGACUAAGAACCAGUUGAUUAAAAAUGCACAAGAAAAGAUUGACACCUUUGUUUUUAUGUCUGUUAACGUAAACAACAUAAACUCUGGUUGGAUGACUGAAGUCAGUUUAAUUGCUGUUCAAGUCAAUCAAUUGAAAUCAGUUCAACUGGAGGCGAAUCCAAUGCCAAGAAUUUGUGACAAACUGACAUUAACAAUAGACCCAUGUUUGCCAAUGGAAGAUCAUUUAUGCUUCUUAUCAAAAACAAACAACAAACUUGUACAAGAAGCAAUGAAGAAAGGUUUUGAUCAUAAUGUGUUCAAACUUAUUCAAUUUUUCUUACAAAGACAAUUUGGACAAGUUUGCCUGUUGAGUCAUAAUGGGUUUAGACAUGAUUUUCAAAUUCUACAACUUGAGUUAGAUAAGCUUGAAAUGUCUGUGGGUUUGAUCAACUCAGAUGAGGUCUGGUGUGCUGAUUCACUUUGGACUUACAAGGAAAUUGAUAAUCAGAACAACGUUGGAGCAAAUACUGUAUGGGGUACAGGUGCUUCAAUAUUGGAUAUGUUCUCAUAUACCUUGGGCAGUGUAUACUGCAGAUACCUGAAUAAACCAAUGGAAAUAAAACAAACAGCAGAAGAAAAAAACCUUUGUUUGGUUGAGCUAGUGUGUUGUACACUAGACUUGUUUUUGAAAAACAUUUGUUGUAAAAAAUUUGCCUUUGUAAAUCGUGCCCAUCGUUCUUGCAUGCCGACAUCACCUGCUGUUAAUCAUCUAUCUGUAAACCAUUGUGUGAGUGAGCAAAUGACUCAAACUUAUAUUUUUCUUGAUUUGGAAACUACAGGGCUUGUAAAUCCUCAAAUCACAGAAUUUUGCAUGCUCGCUGUACAUGCAAAUUCUUUAAAAUGUGCCCCCGCAAAUAUUAAAACGCCACGAGUAACCGAUAAACUAGUCGCUGUGGUUGACCCGCUAACACAAAUACAACAACGAGCAUCUGAAAUAACUGGAUUAACAAAUAGGUCCAUUGAAAACAAUCAUAAAUUGCCAUUUGACUCUGAAUUUUGCUUUGCUAUCAAACACUUUAUUUGUCGCCAAUCUGGUCCAGUUUGCUUGGUUUCACAUAAUGGUGAUAAAUUUGAUUUUCCAAUUUUUCGAAAUUCAAUUGAGAAACUAAUUGAUCCGUCACAUCUUGGUCAGAUAUUUUGUGCUGACACACUUGUUGGUUUAAAGCAAUUGAAUCAAAAAGAAAAGGGCAGUAAUUUUAAUAAUCAGAGGUUCAAACCAUCAUUUAAGUUACUUGAUGUAUAUACGCGCUGUUGUGGAGAUUUGAUGUUUAAUUGGCACAGUGCUGAAAAUGACUCCUUUGCAUUGAUGCAAAUAACAAUGUGUAAGCCAGAAUUACUAAUUUGGCUUGAUCAGAACAAAGUGCUCUUUACGUGAAUUUUAAACUUUUAUGUAAUUGUUUUUUAUAAUCAUAAUCAACUAAAUAAAUGCCGGUGCUUUUAACUUUUGUUCAAUGCAAUCUUAUUAUUAUGUAAUGUACAUGAUACAUAUAUCUUCAUGUUGUAAUAUUAUAGAAAAAGUAUUAUUCUAGUACAAUAAACCAUAAAAGUCUUUUAUAAUGCAGA